AUGAUUGCCUCAUCUUACUUGAAGCAAACGAUCAUCACCGUGCUCUGCGUGCUUGGGAUCCCAUCAUACCUGUCAGCACCAAAGCCCAUCUCUGUCCACCUGGAGGGACAAUCCAGCAUCAGCGUCCCUGCCAACCGAGCCCUCGUGUGUCUCCGAAUAUACGCCGAGGGACCGAAGCAGGAGAAGGUCGCGGACUCAGUCCGCAAGACAGCCGACGACAUUCUAUCCAUGCUCAGACCGCUCGUCCAAACCUCUGCUCUACAGCCUCCCAGCUCCAAGCAGAACGCGACCACGAAUACCCUCGAAGAGCCUGAGCCUCCCAUCGUUGACCUCUCCGUGACAACAUUCCGCUCCUACUCCUGGCUCAAACCGGGUUCCUCAAUCCUCUCACGGGACGCUCCGCAGUAUGAAUCGUCCAUGGAAAUCGAGGCCGAGUUUCGUGACUUUGACGUCCUCGGCCUGCUGCUCGCGCAGGUCUCCAAGCAACCGGCUGUGUCUGUCCAGCGGCUGAAAUGGACGCUCGACCCGGUCACCAAGAAGCAGCUGUUUAGCAACGUGCGCUCCGAGGCCAUGGUCGACGCGCUCGACAAGGUCCGCGCAUAUGUCAGGCCGUUGGGAAUGGACAAGGUCCGCGCUAUCAAGUUCUCGGAGGAUCGGGUGCGGAGCCGAGACGUGGUGAUGGCGGAUCUGGGCCGCGUGAGCUACCAGCACGAUGAAUUAGAUUACGAUCAGAUGAGUUACGCGGCUAUGAAAGACGAGGGCACGGCGGCGUCAGAGGCGUUCGGAUUGGAACCGAGAACGUUGGAGAUUGUGGCGCAGAUAGAUGGCGAGUUCUGUGCCUGGAAGACUGGGUUGGAGGCGUGGUUCAGGAGGGGUGGCGUCUGA